AUGGCGUCACUAGCUUUGGAAGACUGGAAAAUGUCUGAAGUGGUAAGCGAUUAUGAUCUUCAGUACCACGAGGAUUAUAACCAUGCAAUGAAUGGAGAGCGACUUAAGGAUUGGAGAAUCCAAGAGGAUGGAGCACUUUACUUUCAUAACCGCCUAGUCGUUCCUAAGGUGGAUGAGAUCAAGAAGAUCAAAGUAAAACAACAAAAACUUGCAGGAGAAUUGCAGCCUCUACCUGUUCCGGGAUUGAAAUGGGAACACAUCACGAUGGAUUUUUUGAUGGGACUACCUAGAACUGAGCAAAAGCACAAUGCCAUCUGGGUGGUGGUGGACAUGUUAACGAAAUCUGCGCAUUUCGUACCAUUCUAUGCGACGUAUUCUCAGAAGAUUCUGGCAGAGUUGUACUUGGAGCAUAUCGUCAGGCUUCACGGAGUACCGUUAUCCAUUACGUCCGAUCACGACACUCGUUUUAAUGCAAGAAAUAUCUUCACCUUGCUGAGUUUGCCUACAAUAACAGCUAUCAGGCCAGUAUCGAUAACGGUAGUUCGGGAGCGACUGUUAACAGCUGAAAGUCGUCAGAAGAGCUAUGCUGACAGAAGGUGUAGGCCUUUGGAAUUCCAGGAAGGCCACUUCAUUUUGUUAAAGGUUUCUUCACGCAAAGGAGUUGCGCAUUUUGGUGUAAAAGAGAAACUUACGCCAAGGUACGUUGGACCAUUCCCGAUUGUGCAAUGA